CUUUUGUUAUUUCUCCGCCAUUUUAUUGUGGGGGAGCACUUCCUGCGGCUUUGGUUCUCUCAUGUAAAUAGAAAUUGGUGUUAAAUGUUUCCGAUUAAAUCACUGAUUAAUUGGAUUAAUGGUUAAUAAGGAGCCGAUCAGCACGCUGCGGCUGAAGACACGCGAGCACUUCACACUAUGUCCAUUCGACUAGUGUCUAGUGGGAGCUACAAUGUACGGGCAUCAGAAAUGGCGCACAUACAAGAUCGUUCCCAGAAGACUGUCACAUGUAUUGUUCAUUUUUUAGACGACACAGAACAAGUAUUUGAAGUUGAUAAACGUGGUAAAGCUCAGCAAUUACUAGAUAAAGUAUUUGAACACCUGGAGUUAGUAGAGAAGGAUUAUUUUGGGUUACAGUUUGUUGAUGUUCCACAGGUCCUGAGAUGGCUUGAUCCUUUAAAAACUGUUAAAAAACAAUGUAGAAUUGGUCCUCCAUUUGUAUUCUUAUUUCGUGUAAAGUUUUACGUUUCGGAUCCUAGUAAAUUAUCAGAAGAAUAUACGAGGUACCACUUCUUUUUACAAGUAAAGAAAGACAUUUUAACUGGCAAAUUAGUUUGUGCACCUAGUCAAGCAGCACUAUUAGCGAGCUACGCAGUUCAGUCGGAGUUGGGUGAUUAUAAUCCUGAUGAACAUAAAGAUGGCUAUUUAAUGGGAUAUGUUUUUAUACCUAACCAAACGGAGGAAUUUGAAAGACAAGUGGCAGAGAAGCACAAACAGCAUAGGGGUCAAACCCCAGCUGAUGCUGAAUACAAUUUUCUUGAGAAAGCCAAACGCCUUGAAAUGUAUGGCGUUGAUUUACACAAUGCUCGGGUAAGGACAAUUAAAGAAGGAGAAGAAGAAGAAAUUGAAGUGGAUCAAAGCAAUAUUGAAAUCCAACUAGGAGUAACAUCAGCUGGUCUGGUAGUUUUUCAAAAUAAUGUUAAAAUCAACACCUUCUCUUGGGCCAAAAUUGUGAAAAUUUCUUUCAAGAGAAAACAGUUUUUUAUUCAGUUGAGGCGAGAGCCAAACGAUACAGUUGAGAAUUUAAUUGGGUUUAACAUGAUCAGCUAUAGAUCGUGUAAAAACCUGUGGAAAUCAUGUGUUGAACAUCAUACAUUCUUCCGUUUACAUCAUCCCAACCCUGCCACCAAGAAAAUUUUUUCCAUUGGAUCCAAAUUUAGGUACAGUGGUCGAACAGAAUACCAAACGUUAGAAGAGGGCAAACGAAGAACAAAAAUAGAUCGGACCUUUUCAAGAUCACCGAGUAAACGAUAUGCCCGAAGAACGGUUGGUUCUGUCUCACGUCAGGCCAUCAUGGAUGAGAAACACUUUAAUGAUGGCUACCGAAAUUUAUCUAAAUCCCAAACUUUCACAUCCAACUCUACUAACUCUCAGCCUUUUAGUCGCUACGAUGGUGGUGUUAACAGUCAUAUACGAGCCACAUUACCACCUGAUUAUAAAACACGUUCCUCCUGGAUAGAGACACGAGCUGAAAGAUCUGAUGACCCUUAUGUUCAGGCUUGCGAUGGCGGUUUUCUAUCCCACAACACAUCCCGGGACACCUUCCCAGCACCAAUCCCAACAAAGGUUGUCAAUUAUAACUCAACAAAGGAACUCAGUCAAUCAACAGACCCUUUAUAUGAAUUACCGAUGUACAAUGACUACAAUGUGCAACCCACAACUAAUGGCUUCACAGAUGGACAUUGUCUGGUUACCAUACGGAUGAAGCCUGACGAGCAAGGUCGAUUUGGUUUUAAUGUUAAGGGAGGUGCAGAUCAGGGAAUGCCUAUUAUAGUAUCAAGGGUAGCCAUCAAUACGCCAGCUGACCUAUCUAUUCCCAGAUUAAAUGAGGGUGAUCAAGUAUUAUUUAUUAAUGGAAGAGAUAUGUCACAACACACGCACGAACAAGUUGUCAUGUUUAUAAAAGCUUCUCGGGAAACUCAUUCGGGAGAAUUAGUUUUAAUUGUUCGACCUAAUGUUUAUGUUGGAGAAGAUGCUUCUGAAGAACCUGAUUUCUCCUAUACGCCAGAAACACACACCAUUGCUAGUUCCAAUAAUAGUAACACAUUACAAUCAUCACUUUUAUUAUUACAAGAAAGUCUAGAAAGUGGAGCUGCUUUGGCACAGUUUGAGCAAUUAUAUCGUAAAAAGCCAAACAUGUCAAUGAAUUCAGCUCGUUUAGAAUGUAAUAUAGCCAAAAAUCGUUAUAGGGAUAUUUCACCUUAUGAUCAGACUAGAGUUGUGUUAAAAGGAAGUUCUAUGGGAGAUUAUGUUAAUGCUAAUUAUGUAAAUAUGGAGAUACCAGGUAGUGGUGUAGUCAAUAGAUAUAUAGCAGCUCAAGGUCCACUGCAAAAUACAUGUACAGAUUUCUGGCAGAUGGUUUGGGAGCAACAUUGUACAUUGGUUGUUAUGUUAACGACUAAAGUAGAAAGAGGACGAGUUAAAUGUCAUCAAUAUUGGCCAGAAUUAUACGAAACUCAAGACUUUGGUGAACUGCAAGUUACCUGUGUAAAAGAGGAGGAUGCAACAUCAUUUGCUUUCCGUGAGUUUAACUUGACUCAUGUGGAAACAAAUGAAGAACGGCACAUACGACACAUGCAAUAUAUUUCUUGGCCAGAUCAUGGCGUACCAGAUGACCCUAGUGAUUUCUUAGAUUUUGUUGUUAAAGUUAGACAGAAUCGAGCAGGCAUGGUGGAACCUACAGUCGUCCAUUGCAGUGCUGGCAUUGGUAGGACAGGGGUUUUAAUAACAAUGGAAACAGCAAUGUGUUUAAUAGAAGCUAAUCAGACAUGUUUACCCCUGCAAAUAGUAAAAAACAUGCGUGACCAAAGAGCCAUGUUGAUUCAAACUUCUAGUCAGUAUAAAUUUGUUUGUGAAGCAAUCCUUAGGGUGUAUAACGAAGGAAUUGUGAAACCAAUUGAUGAUUUUCGUAGAUGAGGGAAAAACGAUAGCAUGAGAUAUUUUAAAGGAUUAUUUAAAAAAUGAACAAGAUAAAUUAUUUUACCCUGGAAGGUAAUACAGUUAAGUGAAAAAAUAGAAAUGAGCUGAGUGUGAUACUGAAAUGAAGUAUAUAAUAUCCCAGUGAAACAAGUUACAAUGGAUGAUAUGAUGUCAAUUUUCGUUGAUUUGAUCCUGCUUCAUUUUGUAAAAUAAAAGCAUCAAACAAAAGCUUAUAACAUAUUACAAUGAAAAGUGCUCAAGUUGUGCUGCUGUAAGUGUGUGAUCAGUUUGAGAGAGAUAGAGAAGCUGUGGAAGCCGUUCGGUUUAUUUUAUUAUUUUCUUAGAUAAACUGGGUGUUGGGAAUUUCUCUGUUUGAAAAUUAACCAAGGGAGACAAGAGCAGUUCUCCAACUUGGGAACACAUGACUGGCUUUUUUGGCCAGGGCGGUGAUUGUACUGCUCAAUAAUACAUUAAAUGACCUAUUUAUUUGACAAGGUGAUAUUUUGUUCUGGCUUGCCCAUCAUCGUGUAUUAUGAAGAAAUCAGAUCCAGUAAUAAUAUAUCCUGAACCAUUAAGACUUAGUGUGUUUAGUUUAUGGUUAAAUUAGGUGAUGCACUGUUCCUAUAAAAAUUGUAGAAUAAUUUAAGCCUUCAUCAAGUGAUUAUACAAGCUCAGUGAAAUCAUUGAUUAUUUAUUUUAGUAUGAAAUAGAUGGUAAUUUAUUCUUACAACUAAAAAAAAAAAAAUAAAUAACAAAUGGAUAACUUUCAACAAACCAC